GAGGGUGGCCUGCUGCUGCGCGUGCUGCCCAACGUGGUCUCGCGGCCUCUCCGGGAGGCCAGCGCCAGCAGGCCCAGCGACCCCGGGGGCGUCGGCGGCGGGGACGCCAGCCCGGCGGCGGAGGCCGAGGACUGGGAGGUGCCCCCGGAGCCGGCCUGCCAUGCCUUUGUGUCCCGGCUGGAGGCGCACCCGCUGAAGCGGGAGGGCUCGGAGGGUGACGACACGGUGUGCGUCAUCUGUGCUGAGGACAUGGUGGAGGAGAUUCUCAUAAUACCCCACGAUUACUUUGAGAAGCGUUGUAGGUCUCCCUUCUUCGCCCGUGCUGGCGUCGCGUCGCGCCCGUGCCCUGCUGGCGACGCGAUGGCGCCGCUAGAGGUGAUCAAGAAGCUGGACUAUGCGGUAGAGGUGAAGUGCACCGAGAAGGACACGAGGCAUUGGCGGCACCCGUGGUGCUUCAAGCACAACAACGGCGAGCUCGCUGUGAGGCCCCUGGUCCUCCCAGAGGGCGCGCCCGCCACAAUCGCGACCUGCCUGAACGGUGCCGCCGCGAAGUACGGCGACAGGCAGUGCAUGGGCACGAGGGCCAUCGCGAGAGAGGUCCGCGAGGGCAAGAAGAUGUUCUGGUACAAGAGCGACUACGAGUGGAGGACCUACUCGGAGGUGUUUGUUGACAUCCAGGACGCGGCCAGGGGACUGCUUUCGCUAGACGGUGUUCAGGCUCUGAAGGGGGCAGGCAAGUGCACGGUGGCCAUUCUUGCAGAGACUUCGGCGGAGUGGCAGAUGGCCGCGCAGGCUGCCUUUCAGGUUGACAUCCCGAUCACCACGGUGUACACGACUCUUGGGCACGAUGCAAUGGUGCACGGGCUCAACGAGACAGAGUGUCCGGUGCUCGUCAUGGAUUUCAUACAGUACAACGCGCUGAAGAAGACCGUUUUGCCCAGGUGCUCGAAUCUGAAGCACGUCGUUCUCAUCGGAAAGUGCUGGCUGCCUCAGGAGGUGGUGGGUGGCGAGAAGGUGUCCUUCCCUGGCGCCGCCGAGGUAGCAGCAAUGCAGGCGGAGUCCUCGGCCAAGUUGACGACCAUGGAACUGCUGAUCGCGUCGGGGAAGGCUGCGACCAGCAUCAAUCUGGGCGCCAUCGCCCCCAAGGAGGACAACCUCGCCUUCAUCAUGUACACUUCGGGGUCCACAGGAGUGCCCAAGGGUGUCAUGCUGACGCAGAAGAACUUCGUCUCUCUCAUCGCGGGAGUGGAGGCGCAGGGUGUCAUCAGGCCCGGGCCAGACGACGUGUACAUCUCCUAUCCGAUUUACCGUUGGCGCACAUCCUCGCGCUCAUCGGCGAGGUUAACAUUCUGGUAG